CGGGAGGCAGGCGGGGGGCAGGCGCGGGGCAGGCGGGAGGCAGGGCGGGCAGCGGCCGCUGCGGCGUGGGGCCGCGCCCGGGAGGCGGCGGAGCGGGCUGAGCCGAGGUUCUGAAUUGUGCCUGAGCAGAGCGCUGAGAGCAGCCCUGGAAGCAGCAGCAGGGUGACCAGCGGCCAUGACGACAGAGACGGGCCCCGGUUCGGAGGUCAAGAACACGCAGGAGGAGGCUCCGCAGCAGCAGCCGGAGGCGGCAGCGCACGGCCCCACCGCUGCAGCCGCCAACCCUGCCGGCCGGGACGCUGAGUCUAAUGAGAAGCCCAGCACACAGUCUGAUGCCCGAAACACCGAGCCAAGCACAGAAAUGGAGGAGAAGGACUACAGUGAGACGGAUGGGCUCUCUGACAAAACAACCCCUAGCAAGACCCAGAAGUCACCCCAGAAAACCACCAAGAAAGUGAAGAGUGCCCUGUGCAGAGUGACCCUGCUCGAUGCCUCUGAGUAUGAAUGCGAGGUGGAGAAGCAUGCCCGAGGCCAGAUCCUCUUCGACAUGGUGUGCGAGCACCUCAACCUCCUGGAGAAGGACUACUUCGGCCUCACCUUCUGUGACUCGGACAGCCAGAAGAACUGGCUGGACCCCUCCAAGGAGAUCAAGAAGCAGAUCCGCAGUGGGCCCUGGAACUUCGCCUUCACUGUGAAGUUCUACCCUCCAGACCCUGCCCAGCUCACGGAGGACAUCACAAGAUACUACCUGUGCCUGCAGCUCCGUGCAGACAUCAUCACGGGGCGCCUGCCCUGCUCCUUUGUCACACACGCCCUGCUGGGCUCCUACGCCGUGCAGGCUGAGCUGGGUGACUAUGAUGCCGAGGAACACAUGGGCAACUACGUCAGUGAGCUCCGCUUCGCCCCCAACCAGACACGGGAGCUGGAGGAGCGCAUCAUGGAGUUGCACAAGACCUACCGGGGAAUGACCCCCGGGGAAGCAGAGAUCCACUUCCUUGAGAACGCCAAGAAGCUCUCCAUGUACGGGGUGGACCUGCACCAUGCCAAGGACUCAGAGGGCAUUGACAUCAUGCUGGGCGUCUGUGCCAACGGCCUCCUCAUCUACAGGGACCGGCUGAGGAUCAACCGCUUCGCCUGGCCCAAGAUCCUCAAAAUUUCCUACAAAAGGAGCAACUUCUACAUCAAGAUCCGCCCGGGUGAGUACGAACAGUUUGAGAGUACCAUUGGCUUCAAGCUGCCCAACCACCGCUCUGCCAAGCGUCUCUGGAAGGUCUGCAUAGAGCAUCACACCUUCUUCAGGCUGGUAUCGCCAGAGCCACCCCCCAAGGGCUUCCUGGUGAUGGGCUCCAAGUUUCGCUACAGCGGGCGGACGCAGGCGCAGACACGGCAGGCCAGCGCCCUCAUUGACCGCCCGGCUCCCUUCUUUGAGCGCUCCUCCAGCAAACGGUACACCAUGUCUCGCAGCCUUGACGGAGAAUUCUCGCGCCCAGCCUCCGUCAGUGAGAACCACGACGCCGGGGCAGAGGGCGAGAAGCAGGAUGAGGACGGUGAGUUUGGCAGCAGGAGGCGGUCCGAGACAGAGGACGAGGAGGUGACCACCCCAACGAAAAUCAAGGAGCUGAAGCCGGAGCACGAAACAACCCCCAGGCACAAGCAGGAGUUUUUAGACAAGCCAGAAGAUGUUUUGCUGAAGCAUCAGGCCAGCAUCAAUGAGCUGAAACGGACCCUGAAGGAGCCCAACAGCAAGCUGGUUCACAGGGAUCGGGACAGGAGGCUGCCUUCCUCACCAGCAUCUUCCUCACCCAAGCAUGAGGAUGAAACACCAAAGGGAACCCCAGAAAAGGCCAGCGAGACGAUGGAAGAGGACACCCUAGACGAUUUUGCAUCUGAGCACGGAGCUUCCCUAAGCAUGGAGUCUUUCACGCAGAAAAGCCUUGUCUCCUCUCCUGAGGGCUCGGAGCAUUGGGUAUUUAUAGAGAGAGAAACUCCUAGGCUGGAAGCGGUAGCUCUAAAGAAAGCUCUGGGAGUCAAGAAAGAAGAAGCACAUGCAGGUACCUCAGAAGUGAAAAUGGGCACGAGCAUAUCAAAAGCGGAGAUGGCAGUAGGGAAAGCCAAGGAAAUGGCAGGCCAGGAAGAGCCAGCAGAUGCAGCCCUGGAUACCCGGACAAGAGCAAAAAUGAUCGCUAGUCCAGAGGAUUUUGAGUCUGUCUGGGAGGAUGAGAUCUAUGAGAAGGAAACCAGGGGGGAGCCCAGCCAGGAGGCAGAGCGCCUGACAGCUGGGAGCGCAGAGGAGCCCCAAGAGCAGGGCGAGGAAGCAACCACCAUUGAGCCAGGUCUGCCCAAGCCGUGUCAGCAGCCUGAAGAGAAGCAAAGGGUCAGGAUUUUGGGACCAGACCCUCCCCAGGGAGAAAGUGAGGUGGUCUCCAAGGAGCGUGCUUCUGCAGCCUCCAGGAAGCAGGAGCCCAGAGUGCUGGCCACAGCCACGGAGCUUGUUAAAAUUAAAGUGAAGGCUAGUGACGACAGCUCGGAGACUUCUGCAACCCAGAGGAUCAUCUACUUAGGAGAUCCAGAGGGAGAGGCAAAGGUCAGUAAAACACACCCGCUCUUCGAGACUAGUGGACGGCUUGGCUUGGAGGAGAGACCAGAAGCCACUGUGACCACAGCUGGAGAGGGACCUGGGCAUGUGGCACCUGCUGCAGAAGGGUUCCAACCCCCUUCCUCAGCAAAUCAGCAACACAGGGCAGUGUCUGGAAAACCUGCUGAAGCACCAGAGCAGCCCGGGACAGGCUGUGAUGGGACCAGCCUGGUGGAAUGUCCCACCUCGGGGUGGGAGGAAGGGCUGCCCCUACAGCAAGAGAAAGCAUCUGCUGGGCUGACAGGCUGCAAAGCGUCCGAGGGAGGUGAAGCUCUACCAUGUUCCCAAGAGGUGGGGCCAGAGGAGAUGGAUCUGCGAAGCCCAGUGGGAAGCUUGAAGCCAUGUGGCCUGACAGGGGAUGGCCGCAGGGCUGAGGAGCACAGAGGGAGCCCAAUUCAGAGUCCAGACCUCUGCACAGCAGCGGAGGGGCUCUCGGGAAGGACUGGAGCAGACGUCGGCAAGGAGGAAAGUGCCAGAGUGGUUCUUCAGAUGGAAGAGUUAGAGACCAAGUUGCUUCUGUCAGCUGUGUCUCAGCAGUGCCACCCCCACACCACCGCAGGGUCCGAGGGGGAUAAGCCCAGCGCUCCUGCCCCAACGCCCUUUCCCCAGCAAUCCAGCCCUGUCCCUGAAGAGCCAGCCCCAGGCGCUGAGCCUGAGGGCAGAGACCUGGCCCAGAGUACCAGCCCUGAAAUAGGUGUGGGCAUGCCCAAAGAUGUGAAGCCCUCAGUGGAGGUGGUACGCAAGGAGGCAAGCCCUGUAGUAGACAAAGGGACACCCAAGGAUGUGAGCCCUGUAGCAGAGGUGGCCAUACACAGGGGCACCAAUCAUGAUUCUGAAGAACAAUCCCAAGACAUGGGCUUUGCUACAUGGAAACCACACCAAGGUGCAAGUCCUGUUGCAGGAGGACCACCCCAAAGCACAGAUGCUGCAGCAGAGCCGAUACAGGUCAGAGACCCAGCCACAGGGGAGGUGGCCCAGGACAUGGACCCCAUCGCAGCGAGGGCAACCCAGAGCAAAGUCCCUGACACAGAAGAGGAGAAGCCCAUGAUAAAAGAGCUCUCCCAGGACGUAGGGCCCACAUCAGGGAAGCUGACCAGAGAUGAAGGCUGUGGGAUGGAAGAAUUGCACCAUGACAAAAGCCCUUGCAUGGAAGAGCUGCCUCCCAAGGCAGAAGAACCAGGACAGUCUGAGGCCAUAAUAAGAGACCUGCCCCAUGAGGGACCUGUGGCUGGAGGGCUGCUGCACACUGCAGAUCCCAAAGCACAAGAGCCACCCUGGGACUUGGAGUUUAAUGUGGGGCAAGACCUGCAGGGCAGGAGUCCUACAGUAGGAGAAACAGCCAGAGACAGUGGCCUUGUGCCAGGGCAGCCACCGCAGGAUAAAUCUCCUCCCAAAGAAGCUGCUGAUGUCCCGCACUCCCACUCCCCUGUAGCAGGAUUAUGUCAAGGAAGCAAGACAUACCGGCUCUCCGCCUUGAUCUAUGAAGGCGGGGGAGAGCCGCAAGUAAGCAGUGGGACACAUCAAACAGAGUCCGCGUCACUGAUGUGCAUGGCUAGGAGGACGGGAGCAGUGUCUCAGGAGCGUGGGGAGGUCGCUGUGGCCCCAGGCAGCUGGCAGGACAGCGAGAGCUACAGGAAAACCUCAGUGGCCUCUAAGAUCAAGAUGUUCGAGCAAAGUGAAGCAGAGCGAAGGGCAGCCCGGGAGGGACAAGAGUGCGUGCCUGAAGCUGAGACGUUGGCAAAAGCAAAGGGGAAGAUGGGUCUGGCACAGGACAUGCUUUUGAACACAGGCCUCACCUCACUGCUGGCAGUGUCGGUCCCUCCAGUGGGGGCCGUGUCCAGUGUGGGCUCCUUGGCCCUCGGGCGAGAGGCCGGUUCAGGAGACGCCUCCCAGCCUCUCUCUCUGAAGGAAGAUGUUUCUGUUGACCUGGAGCAUGGAGAAGACAGUGCUGACCUGGUCUCCCCUGACUCUGGCUGCGAACUCACACUGGCAGAAGCUGUGAGCAAAACUCAGGAACCAAGUGGGGAAGAAAAGGAUUUAUCUGACCCGUCAGUAAAAUCCAGCCUGAAAGAAGAGAAUUUAAAGACUGCUGUUCCAGUGGUCUUCCAGAGAGCGGGCUUGAGGGAGGGCACCGAGGAGAAAGCUAAGCCACCUCGGCACAAGGCUCCUGAGAGCGACACCGGCGAUGAGGAGCAGGACCAGGAGAAGGACUCGGUCUUUCUGAAGGACAACCAUCUGGCCAUCGAGCGCAAGUGCUCCAGCAUCACAGUCAGUUCAACCUCCAGCCUGGAAGCAGAAGUGGACUUCACAGUGAUCGGUGACUUCCAUGGCACAGCCUUUGAGGACAUCUCCCGGAGCCUGCCUGAGCUGGACAAGGACAAGAGUGAAAUGGAAGACGAAGGCCUGGUUUCCUUCCAGCAUACUGACAAAGUAGUUCCCAGACUGGAAGACGAUGUCAAAGGCGGGGAGAAGGUCUCCCAGCCCAGCCCAGAUGUCUCCCAGCUAGAGUCACCAGCCCCAAAAACGGAUGCGGUGACUCUGGGCCUGCGGCCGGGCAUGAAGAAGCCUGAAGCAGACAGCUCUGCUCCCCAGCGGGUCGCCACCACAGAUGCAGUGCAGGUGGAAGGAGGCACCCCGGGCAGCAGGGACACCACAGCCACUGCUCACGCUGGCACCACAGAGACAGCACUGGCGACCUCAGAUCACAGCACCAAGGCUGGGAAAGGGGCCAUUCCCACGACAGACUUUCGCUCCCUCUCACCGAUCACCAGCAGCUCUGCUGGGAAGGAAGUGCUCACCAGCAUAUUCAGUGCCACUGCGGAAACCCUCUCCACUUCCACCACUACCCACGUUACCAAGACUGUGAAAGGAGGGUUUUCAGAGACCCGAAUAGAGAAGCGCAUCAUUAUCACAGGAGAUGAAGACGUGGACCAGGACCAGGCACUGGCUUUAGCAAUCAAAGAGGCAAAACUACAGCAUCCCGACAUGCUGGUAACCAAAGCUGUGGUAUACAGAGAAACAGAACCUUCUCCAGAGGAAAGGGACAAGAAACCUCAGGAAUCUUGACCAACAUGUUCAUGGAAGUUGGCGUCUAUAUUCAAACCUGGAGAACAGUGGAGAAGGAGCCUUCAUGCUGGAUUUGCCAGCAAGACAUAGACAUCCUGGCUGCAAUGUUCAUGGCGAGAGACAAAAAUUUUUAAAAAAAGGAAUAGCAAAUAUAUUAUAUAUAUAUAUACAUACAUACAUAUAUAUAUAUAUAAAAGCAGGAAACAAAAUGCAUCCUUGCACUGCUGCUAUAUGCUGGAAAUGAAUAGCAAACACCACCAACAACAAACAAAGCCAACCCUCUUUGCAGAUAAAUUGAAGAAUUUACUGGAUUGGUGAUAAAAUAAGAUUUAAAAAAAAUCAUAACAACAGUAAUAUGGUUAACAAUACAAUAAGCCACCAUCUUGCAUGUUACAUUAAAGGAUACACAAUCAUGAGUUCAUUUGUUGUACACUGAAUGGAAAGGAAAACUGCUUUGCAACAAAGCAAGAAAUAAGCAAACUUAAAUAAAAAACCACAAGCAGAAGCAAAACCAUUCCCCACCUCUGGAAAGAAGAGAGAAAAACAUUGACUUUGUUACCUUAGAGUUAUUUUCCGAUUUGCAGGUGUGGUUUCGCCCUUCUUUUCAUUCCAUGCUGGUUCUUUUGCAUCUUUUGGGGUUCUGUUAACUCUUCCCCUUCCGUUCCUUAUCUUCUUCUCUGUGCACUUGUCCAACCUCUUGUUCUCUGAAGGUAUUUAAGAAUGGAUUUAAUUUCAAACAAAACAAAUCAUAUGUAUAUGGUUUCUCAUUUAUAAAAAAGCAGCCUGUAGGGGUUUCAUAUGGAUGUGCAUUUAAGUUAUGUAUAUUAUUAUAUAUAACGAGGGGGGAGGGAGGGAACAAUACUGAAAUAAUUUGACAGUGCUGGUAAAUAUGAUGACAACAUUUUUAAAUUAUUAACUCUUUGAUUGACUGUGGUUGGUGUAUUUUGAGACUCUUAGAUCACAUGUGGGACUCUCAGUCCUGCAAGAAGAGAAUGGGGAAGGUUGCAGCCGUUGCUGUUUUGGGGGGAAGGGGAGAGGGCGAGAGACGGGAGACGUCCUGCCGGCUGGUCUGCAGUGUAUGGUGGUUGGAUUUGGAGGGUCAGUGGUGACUUGGAGGGGCAGGGAAGGAGCUUGAGGCUGCGGCUCCAGCAGCUGUAGGCAGGAUUGUCUCCCCGGCCCCCACCCAGAGCCACGGGAGUCAGCCGGGAGCAAGGUGGCAGCCGCAGGACUGCGUUCAUCGCUCCUCUCCAGCCCACUGAGCCGUGCUGGUGGUUGGGGUGGUUUUGCUUUGUUUCUGGAUCCCAGUAAUGAAGUUACUCGAGCUUUGUAGUAGGGUUGAAGGCAGAGGGGUUGUUUCUGCCUUGCCUCCUCCGCUGCCCAGGGUGCGAUGGCAAGGGCUGCCCGAGGCACUGCGAACUGGUGACAGUGAUAGCGGAGCGAUAGCAGUCCUUCCCCUGACCUGCCAUGGGAUGGGCAGUGGAGAGACCAUGCUGCCUCCACACUGCAGAGCAUCCCCAGCAUCCCAGGCUGGACGAGAGCCCAAGCCCUCUGCGUAAGAAGGUGCGUGUCGAGGAGAUGUCAGUGGAGCUGCCUUCCCCCAACUCAUCGCAGCUCGGCCUUUAGCCACAGGCUUCCUCUGUGGCUGCCUUUGGAAGGGGAUCAUGGGCCAAGCGCAGGGCCUCAUACACUGUGAACGAGGCAGUUAGGGUAGACUUGGAACCAAAAUCAGGAAGGAAAGGAAAUAAAUGGGUUUCCUACUUGGAAUUGUCUCUAGCUCCUGUGGAAACAGAAGGGCCCACGAUUCUGCACCAUUUUGCCUUUAGUCUCCCACCCCUCACACAGACUGUGCCCAGAACUAGGUGCGUUUUGCCAGGUCGUGCAAUGGUGCAGAGGAUGACAGUGAGCAGGAGAGCCUGUGCCGUGAGGACCUUGUGGGCAGACUCCGCUCACCGCCUUUGCUGUCCUAGGAGAGAGCCUGCUGUCUGGCAGCUGCGGUUCACCAGUCACUUGCUAGUAUGUCCCUGUGAAGUCUGUUCUUCUGGCAGAGAGGUUUCUCCUGCAAGCGUGAAAGGCGUGAGCACAGGCUGCUUGGGAAGCAGAGCGAGCUGCUGGCUGGCACCAGUGCUGCCAGGUUGUGAGCUUCCAUCCAAGCGCCUCCAGCUACCUUUUAGAGAGCAGAACCCCAAGCAAAAAAGAGUUAAGGCAGUUGCAAAGAGGCUACUUUUCUCUCUUUUCUUUUUUUAAUACACCCAAACCAGCUGUAAUCAGCAGUGGAAUUUUCGGAGGGAGGCAGGCUGGGGGAGGACCUGUGGUCUGCACACAGCGCUGGUGUUCAUUAACACACUGCGUUUCAUACUCAGAGGAGCCCACCUGGCUUUGACACCUUUACAACCCACCAGAGGCUAGUGUGAAACUAGAUACUUGCUUUUGACGUUUUGUACAGUUAUAAAAUCGAUUUUACUGUUAAAAUUAGUGGCCUUACAGAGUUAGGCUUGAUGUGCGCUUGGACUGAGAUGAGUUAUGUUUGGAGUGAGCAGAUCCAGUCCAUGGCUUCCGUAGCGUGUUUAAUGGGUGAUGGUGUUUAAAAACUUAACAAAAAAAAAAAAAAAGGAAAAAAAAAAGAAAGAAAAAACCUCACUGCUUGUUUGCCUGGUGAGACGUGGGUUUCUGCUGCUCAGCAACAACUGAGGCCCCCGUGGGCUCAGCUCCCCCAGCCUGCCCAUUGCCUUGCUCCAUUUCAGAUAGUGGAUCACUGCUUGUUUUCUUCCAGGGGCCUUUCUGUUGAAAGGGGUGGGAGACAUGAGUGCCUGUUUUUACCUGAUCCCACAAAUUCAUUCCAAACCUGGCCUGCGAUUGCAUGAGUAAUAAUAACAGUAACAAUAAUAUUUAUUUUUAUUUGAGAAGCACCUUACCAACCAACUGCAACGCUCUGUUGUUCCUUCACUAACUCUCCUUUUCUCUUCCCUUGUUCUCCCUCUCCCCUCUUUGGUCAUACUCAUUUUCAGUGCUCGGUGGUGUAUGCGUGUGUGCUCACUGUUCUUGUAUUCAAUAAAAGUGAAAUAAAUGUGUUUGAUGCUAAACCA